AGCUAGCUAGCUAGCUAGCUAGCUAGCUAGCUACACGUAGCAGGAAUUUGCUUCCAAGUUCCUUCUGGCUUGAGAGCACCAAAACCAUUGAUUGAGCACACAAUGACGUUCGAUUGAAAGUGCUUGAUGUACGGGUCGCAAGAGAAGUGAACCAGUUCCGACAUCUACAGAACAUCACGGUGGUUGGUUUGCCAGUUCAACAGCGUCUAUUAGGACUGCUAGUAGGUCGUGUACUUUUGCUUGACUUGAGUUCAAUGCUGCCUUCGAUCGAUUCAGGAUACUUCAUUCUCUCGAGUUGUAGACGAUAAUCGAAGUCGUAGCUAGCAAUGCGAGUAGAUGAAUUACCGGGGGUCGCUCUGUUGUCAAGGACGUUGCUCAAUCUUUUGGCUGUUGUCAUCGUAGCCACUGCGGCUCAUUAUACGACGCGUCGCUAUCUCGUCGCGUACACCGUCUUGCGACGGCAUUUUGAGAAUCUGAAAAAAAGGGAAGAGAGAGAAAUACGAGAAGGAGAGACACGUCACAAAGAAAUAUGGAGAUCCCACGACACUGCCGAGAUCCAAAUCCUAGAAUCGAAUCCCCGAUUCCUCUGGAGAUCGAACCGUUAGACGUCGUGGUCUUUGUUUGCUUGGCCGCGCCGGUCUUUCUAGCAGCAUACUUUGUACCUGAAGUCCAUUGGCCCGUUGUCUUUCUUUUUGCCUUUGGAGGAUCUACUAGCUUUGCGAAAAUUGUCAUGGAACCCAUCCUCGGCUGGAUUGUUGCACAUGUCCCAAGAUGCCGCAUUUCCACCGGUACCGGAACCACCAAUGACAAAAUUCUGCGCAGACUCCGGGCUCCCAUUGUCGUUCCUGCGACCAACGACACGAACUCGGAUGAGGCUUGUGCAGAAGAGACUUCAACCUUCUUCACUGAACCCCACCAGCAUCGAGCAAGUAGACGCUCUCGAUGGACCCUUACACCUCUCUUUCUGGUGGCCUCUUCCGUUUCUCUCGCUGCAGGUGCCUGCUGGGUGGUUGCAACAUUUUGGGUUUCCGAACUUUCCGAACUUGACGAUGACAACAACGUGGCCUUAAAUCAUCAAGGAAAUCAACGUAAUGCUGCUUGGUCUAGGGAGGAUCAAAUCAAGUACCAUUUCCAGUGGAUCUACCAAGACAUUAUGGGGGCUUGCAUCACCUGCUCCUUUCUGUCGCGACUACAGGUCAAUUCACUUCGAAACGCCACUGUCUUCUUGGGGGCUCUAUGGUUCUACGAUUUCUUCUUCAUCUACCUGGUCCCACUGUUUUGGGACGAUUUGAAUGCUGGGUCGCCGUCGUCCCCUGGCCACAAAACACUCCCCAUGGUCUUGCUCCUCCCGUGGUUCGGCCAUUCAGAGUCUCUCCGGUACUCCACUUUGGGAUUGGGGGAUGUGAUUCUGCCGGGGUUGGCCCUCAGCUUGGCUGCACGGAUUGACCAUGCCAAUCAAUUGGCCACGUUGGUCAACAUCAUGCCGCAACAAAACCUUGCAAGAAACAGUGCUGCACCACCCUCAAUCUACAGCCUUGUGCCAAUGACCCAUGCCUUCACCGUUGGCAAAUGCCUGUCGACCGCGGCACUGUGGUUGAGUAAUGGCCAUCCUCAGCCAGCUCUAGUUUUUGUGAAUCCAAUAUGUUUGGGGAUGUUAGCGUUGUGGGCACGCCUUCAGUGUUGGGAUGAUGUUUGGAUUGGUCCUGUCACCUUGACUUACGCAGAGAACCUUGUCCAACAUGCUCGAGGUUUGUUGGCAGAUAAUGACGAGGAUGACAGACCCGACGGUGGUGACUCUGAUGGCAUUGAAGAGUCAGCCCCGUGACUGUGGGGAUCUUUUCAGUAUAGCUGCACCAAUUAUUUACUGCAGAAAAUUUCCUGGCUGCCAGUGGCAGGUGGUUAAGCCCAGCGGCUCCCAUGCUCUACCGGUAACGCACCAUGAUUCCGCCACCUCCAAAGAUAAAGCUCAGCCCCAAAACUCGGUCCCGCAGUGGUGUCUUCGUACGGGUACAUGUACCAGAACAUCCUCACCCACAUUGUACAAUACACAUUGCAUCCAAUCGCUGGUUGACAGGAGGACAUCCAAACAGGAUAGGAGGGUUGAUGGCUUGCUCGCAUUCUACCGCCGUACUGCUCGUUGUGGGCCCAGUCUUUUGGUUUGAGUACGUCUUUGCAAACGAUAGGAUGCCCACAGUAAGCUAUCUAAACCCCCAUUCACAUCUUGACGCCCAUUGGUGCCAACUUGCGAUGUCCAGCUGCUACUACUGACUGGAGCAGUGCGCUGGCUAUCUCAUUCUAAAAACGCAGUA